ACUUCAACACCAAGCAAGCGUUCGAUCCAUAAGCUCAAGAACUUUAAAUUAACCUUUUAUUUCCUUAAUUAAUUGUCAGCAACAUGGCCUCAAUCCAAUGCUACAAGCCUGCCAAUGAGGCAUGCCAGCAAAAAUGCCACAAGGCUAGCAGCAACCAGAGCUCAUCCCUGGGCCAAAAGGUGUCUGAGAUGGCUAGCUUCUUGAAAGGAGGAGGUCAUCGUAUGCAUGGACAACCACACACCACCACCACCACGGAAUGCUACAGCCAAACCGUUACCUACAAGACCUCUGAAAACCAGGGCUUGGGCGGCCCCAAGCACCGCGUAGGUUGUACUACUGAUGCAGUGGUGGUAUGCGAUGGAAAGACCAAGAAGACUAGGGGUAAUCGCCACACGAAGGACAGAGACAGCAGAAAUCUGUUUCAGAAGAUCAAGGAUGGGAUUUCUGGUGAUAGCAGCUGCAGUGACAGUGAGAGCGACAGUGACCACGAAGGCAACCGUAAACACAAGAACUAAAUGCAUGCAUGCAUGAUCAACUAUGGGAGUUGAAACCGACCACGAGUGGAAAUGAAGAGAUAUAUGCCACUCUAUAUAACGUGCGUGUCUACAUACAUAUAUAUAUAUAUAUAUAUAUAUAUAUAUAUAUAUAUAUAUAUUAAUGAAUAAAUAAACACCAAGUAUAUAUAAAUGUGCCUCAUAAUAUAUAUAUAUAUAUAUAUAUUAUUGGCUGCAGGUGUUUGCGAAAAUAAGUAAAUGUAUUAUGUAAGUCUAUAUAUGAAAAUAACAUUAUUUUGUGUUAUUAUGAUAAA